AUGUCUAAAACUGUAAAUCACCCAAAUGUUCUUAUUUUAUUGGUUGUUUUUAUUGAUUACAAUGCCUGCUGUGAAGAAACCCAAAACACAAUUAAGUCGAAUAGAAGUACAGGGUUAGAUAAUACAAAUACAAAACAUAGCGCCAGAACUGAAACCAAAACGGAUAUAUUGCAGAACAAUAACGUGCGGACUCUAUCUUCGGAAGUACCUACAGUAAAGAAAAGUUCUGAGAAUUGUACUGACUCUGAUCACAAUAGCAAUAUACCAAUUGAUAAAGCUCAAGAAUCUACCGCGAUGAAUAUGAGUAAAGCAAAUGUUGAUAUGGAAAUAAACGAUAAUAAAAAUUUGAUUACAAUAUUUACAAUGCUAGAGAAUAAAUUUGAUGGAGCUGAGAAAACACAUAUAGAUAACGGUUUACUGUUAGUGAACAAAAUGGACAUGUCGAAUUCUGAUACUGUUCACACUGAUCACAACGAUCUUAUAGAUGCUCUUCAAGAUAAUAGUAAUUUAGGAAUAAAUGCGAUAAAAUCCUUUAUUGCCUCUAUGAACAAUAAUACCGAUGAAAAUAAUGUAAAACAUUCUGAAGUUGAGGCGUCUUCGACAGUAACGACGUAUUUGAAUACGCCUUACAAAACUGAGAUUAAACAAAUGGAGACAGUCAUGACUUCUGACCAUAAUACAACUGAAAUAUUGACGUGCAUUAAACCAGAUCCUGAUGUUACUUUAAUUGAUGAUUCAGACAGCGAUUCAGAAUCAGUAUUAAUAUUAGACACAGACUACGACAUUGAAGAAAUGAUUGAUACUAGCCGGUUAAAUGAAAGUAACCAGGACGCUAAUAGUGAAAAUAUAGUUAUGGUUGAACAAAGCAAACCUAACAAAACAGCACUGAAAUAUACUUCCAUCGAAAUUAAAACCAAUACGAAUGCUGAAAUUCAUUUGGAAAGUGAAAAAACUUUAAUCCAAGAUAAAAAAGAUGAAGUAAGAAUUAUAGAACCUUCUGUAGAAAACUAAAUCAAUUUUAAUAUUAAAUACAAAUGAAGAAGACUUACAGUCUGCUAAGGAAACUUGCCCAGUGAAAUCAGAUGAAGUAAUAAUUAUUGAACCUACGGGCGUAAAUUCAGAAUCAGUAUUAAUAUUAGACACAGACUACGAUAUUGAAGAAAUGAUUGAUACUAGCCGGUUAAAUGAAAGUAAUCAGGACGCUAAUAGUGAAUGUUCACGCGAAACGGAACGGUGAACACGAUUACCGGACGAGUAGAGCGACGUCACGGCCCAAGUGUCAAAAAUAGCUCCACAUCAUCGUAUAUCUGUCAUAUACCUACUCAUAUCUCUACAAGACCGAAUAACGAACUUUGCGUGUCAUACACAUUUUGUAUUUUUUAUAUAAUUUUAAUUAAAUAUCUUCAAGUCUAAAACGUGACUUCUUAUUGUUUGUCCCAUCGUGGACCACUAACCUGUAACCAAUAACCAGUACAAAUUAAACCGUAAACCGUAACGGACAGUUCAAUUGGUACUGGUUAAUGGUUAAUUGCAUUAACGUUUCGGCCAAAACUGUUCCCAAGUACGGAACAUUUUCAUGUCCAAUCACAAGUACGGCGUCGUUCCACAGUGUGACGUCACGAAUGCCAGUGUCAAUGUUGCCACGCGUCGGUCUGAUCUCUUAUACUAAUCGGAUUAGUGUCCCAACACAAUGGAGAUUAUUUAGUUAACUAAUGCCGCGGUUACACUCGUCCGUGCGCCGUAUGCAAUUAUAUACGAUUACGAAUGUCUGCGCGACAUCGGUUCACAUCAAGGACCUUUCUUAAAGUUGUUUCAGACGGGCGUACCGGACCGUGACCUUGGUCCGGUCAGCAUAUCUCUCGCUCUCACUUAUAGCUGCGUCCUUAACGGACGGACCACACGAUUGAACUGGCCUCGGGCCAAGGUCGCUGUCCGGUACACCAGUCUGUUACGACUUUUACGUUGAAUUUGUUUCUUGGAAGCGAUGGGAUUUGUGUAAACGCGUCAUUAUCCGAUAGUAACCGAGAUCAGUAUAUAAAAGAUCGAUGACAGAUAUGUAAUGAAUAAUGAUAAUAUUGGAAAUAAUUGAUAAAGUAUAAUAAGUAGUAAGCAUAAAUAAUGUAAACGACGCAUAGUUUGUUGAAGGCAGAACAAACCGUCCCCCGUAUAGUGGUCGGACUUAGCAACUGAUGUAGUGCUUUUAGCAAUAAAACUCUUAUACAACCUUAAGCUGUAUAAUUUCGUAAUAGCUGAUGUAUAUGUUUUUUUAGAUAAAACAUUAAGCCUCUUGUGACCAAAAGAUGUUAUUUACAUAAUUUGGUAUGGUACUUCUAAAAAGUGAUGCUUGCAUAAGGGCCCUUUCGUUGGUAAUGGUCAAAUGCAAAAAAUACCCAUUGUAGACAGUUAUUCGAAACAUGUCACGAUAGCCUUUAAGAUUCAUUGACGUUUACGAUAUUAACAUUUGAGGCAUGAUGUGAUAAUUUUAUUUAAAAAAACGUUUGUAUUAAGCAUCAUUUUCUGUGCUGCAAAUUAUUUUAUCUCGCUGAAGAUAUGGUGUUUACAGUACCUCUAAAGGUUGUAACCCUUUCACCGCCAUUUGCCAUUUAAGACAUUACUCACACACUUUGCCACAGUGAAAGUGCCCAUUUCUUGGUACUGUGGCCAAAACUUGACUAUUUCAGGCAUCCUUGGCGUUGAAAGGUUAACCCUUAUCCACCGAUUAUGAAUGUUGUAUAAGACGCGCUACAAGCAACUGAAUGUAUUUUCUUUUAUGCGCUCAAUUCAGGGCUACUUGCGAUUCAUGUAUAAACAAGAACUAUAUUAAUUUCUUAAAUAAAACACUUUCCGAAUUAUAA